AGAGCGACGCCCCAUUCGCGCAGGAGAGUGACGCCUCGUCUCGGCGGGAGACGAUCUUCGCGAGCGGCGUUGUGUUUACAGGCAGACUGCAGACGGAGCGAAGGAGACAGUGCGCCUACCUGCGCCGUGGAUUCAUCUCGUCUGGCUUCCGUCAACGCGGUCUCGCUUGUCCGGACACUUGCAAUAUAUAAAUCCCGAAGAAGUGUGUUCCAUCCACGAUAUUUCGCUGUCGUCGGCGAUGCAUUUCGGCCACAACAAGAAGAAGAAGGAGGCGGUGAGUCGGUGCACGAUGAGCGGAGACGAGGGAGGCUGCGGUCUGAGAAGCACGCUCUGAAUAUUCCUCAAACAAACUCUUUUUUUUCUUUUUAGAUUUUUUUUCCUCCAAAAAUGUCAGCUGUGAAGAUUUAGGAUUACGUUCGUGCCGUUGUUCGCCCGGGACUAUUUUUUUUUUUUUUUUUUUUGGGAGGAUAGCGCACAGCAGCGUGCACGUUAUGCAGACAUGGAGCGUGAAGAUGCGGAUUACGGAGGAAUCCCCGCCGCUUGUUUAUUAGUCCGCACGGUUCCAGCGCCUUCGUCUACACCGGGCUUGUGAAGAGCGGAGCAUGUGGACAUUUUUAUCCGAGCUUGGUUGUUAAAGCGCGGCUUUUUGGGCGAGCUAACCGCGCUAGCUUGUGUGCGCUAGCCAUUAGCCUCAUUAGCUAACAGCUACAAGGCGCUGGCCGAACAUUUUUAAAGGCAUCUUUUUUUUUCUUUUUUUUUUUUAAACCCCAACAAAGGGAGAAAAAUAACCUGUUUCAACGGACCACGGCCGUGUUUGUUCACAGGCGUCGGGAGGAUUUAAGUCCCCCAGGAAUGUGGGCUCCGAUGGAAGGAAGGAGCCGCUUGACCUUGUUUUGGGGUCUGAUGCUGGCGGGGGCGUGCUGCCUCCGGCCCGCCGCCGCAGAGAUUUGCGGCCCAGGCAUCGACAUCGGCAAUGACAUCAACGAAUUUCGGAGUUUGGAGAACUGCACUGUCGUGGAGGGCUACUUGCAGAUUCUCCUCAUCACCGAAAAGAACAACAACCUGGAUGUCUUGCGCUCCCUCACCUUCCCCAAGCUGACCAUGAUCACCGACUACCUGCUCCUUUUCCGGGUGUCCGGCCUGUACAGUCUGAGCACGCUGUUCCCCAACCUCACGGUGAUCCGCGGCCGCAACCUCUUCUAUAACUACGCCCUGGUCAUCUUCGAGAACAUCAGCUUGAAGGACAUCGGCCUGUACAACCUGCGGAACAUCACCCGAGGCGCCAUCCGUAUCGAGAAGAACCCCGAACUGUGCUACCUGGACUCCAUCGACUGGUCGCUCAUCAUGGACGCCGAGUUCAACAACUUCAUCGCCGAAAACAAGCAGUCCAAAGAGUGCAGCGACGUGUGUCCGGGCAUCAUGGAGAACAACCCACAGUGCAGGAAGACCAUGUUCAAAAACAACUACAACUACCGCUGCUGGAACUCCAACCACUGCCAGAAAGAGUGCCCGGAGAAGUGUGAGCGGCGGGCGUGCACGACGGGGGGCGAGUGCUGCCACCCUCAGUGCCUGGGCAGCUGCAGCGUCCCGGGAGACGACACAGCCUGUGCCACGUGCGUGCACUACUACCACCGGGGCCGCUGUGUUGCCGACUGCCCCGCCGGCACCUACAAGUUUGAGGGCUGGCGUUGCAUCAGCGCCGAGCUCUGCUCCAAGGUCCACCUGCCCGACUACGACAGCUUCGUCAUCCACGAGGGAGAGUGCAUGACCGAGUGUCCCUCUGGAUACACGCGGCCCUCGCUCGACAGCAUGUCCUGCACAGCCUGCGACGGCCUGUGCGAUAAAGUGUGCGAGGAGAAGGUCAUCGACUCCAUGGACGCCGCUCAGUCCCUGAAAGGCUGCACGGUUAUCAAAGGCAACCUGCAUAUCAACAUCCGCAGAGGCCACAACAUGGUGGCCGAGCUGGAGAGUUUCACAGGUUUGAUCCAGAGAGUGACGGGCUACGUGAAGAUCAGACACUCGCACACUCUCAGCUCGCUGGCCUUCCUCCGCAGCCUACGAUACAUCGAUGGCGAGGAACUUCUAGAUGACAUCUACGCCUUCUCCGCCUUCGACAACCAGCAGCUCCAGUAUCUGUGGGACUGGAAGAAGCACAACCUCACCAUCAGGACCGGGAAGCUCUCCUUCCGCGCCAACCCCAAGCUGUGCGUCUCCGAGAUCCAGAAGAUGUGGGAGAAGACGGGCAUCCGGGAGCGCUUCGACGAGAGCGAUUACCGCAACAACGGCGACCGAGCCAGCUGCGAGAGCACCAUCCUGCAGUUCAAGUCCAACCUGACCAGCAGCACCAGGAUCAAGCUGACCUGGCAGCGCUACCGCCCUCGAGACUACAGAGACCUCAUCAGUUUCAUCCUCUACUACAAAGAGGCGCCUUACCAGAACAUCACCGAGUUCGAGGGCCAGGACGGCUGCGGCUCCAACAGCUGGAACAUGGUGGACGUGGAGCUGCACCAGGACAGGGACUCGGACCCCGGCGUGCUGCUGUCCGGCCUGAAGCCGUGGACGCAGUAUGCCGUGUUCGUCAAGGCCAUCACGCUCAUGGUGGAUGACAAGCAGGUGCCCAGCGCCAAGAGCAAGGUGGUCUACAUCCGCACCAGCCCCUCAGCACCCUCCAUGCCUCAGGACGUGCGAGCCUACUCUAACUCCUCCACCCAGCUGGUGGUGCGCUGGAUGCCCCCUCUCUCCCCCAACGGCAACCAAACCUACUACCUGGUCCGCUGGCAGCAGCAGGCCGAAGACCGAGAACUGUACCAACACAACUACUGCUCCAAAGAGCUGAAGAUCCCCGUAAGGAUAGCAGCUGUCGGCGUGGGAGACCAGGAGGAAGACACCAAACCAACAAAGUUGGACACAGACGGUGCCGAUAAAGGGCCCUGCUGCCCUUGCCCAAUGUCAGUGGAAGACCUGGAAGCUGAGGCCGCGGAUGCCUCCUACCGGAAAGUCUUUGAGAACUUCUUGCACAAUUCCAUCUUCACGCCAAGGCCACCGGAUCGUCGCCGCCGAGAUCUGUUCAGCAUCGCCAACGCCACCCACUCCCGCCAGCACCGGCCGCACGGCAACAGCAGCACCAUUCCUCCCCUGCAGGCCGCGGUCAACAGCAGCGGCGUGGAGUCGGACCGGACGGAGCGCGAGUUCCAGUUCCUGGAGCGUUCGGUGACCGAGCGCGAGCUGCAGAUUUUCGGCCUGCAGCCGUUCACCGUUUACCGCAUCGACGUCCACGCCUGCAACAGCCAGGUGCAGCGCUGCAGCGCCGCCGAGUUUGUCUUUUCCAGAACCAAGCCUGCAGGUUUGUGGAACCAGCUCACAUGUGUUUGUCCUCAGCCCGAUGACGCUGCUGAUAGUUUCUCGACUCUUUUCACCAUCUGCCCAGAAAAGGCAGAUGACAUUCCGGGCCCGGUGACCUGGGAGGGCCACGAGGACUUUGUGUUCCUGCGCUGGCCGGAACCGUCUCACCCCAACGGCCUCACCCUCAUGUACGAGAUCAAGUUCAAACUGGGUUCUGAGACUGAGAAGCACGAGUGCGUUUCGGGUCAAAUGUACCAAGGCCAACGGGGCGUCCGUCUGUCCAACCUGAGUCCAGGAAACUACUCGGUGAGGGUGCGAGCUACAUCGCUGGCCGGUAACGGAUCCUGGACACACCCGGUGAAUGUCUUCGUGGCUGAACGAUAUGAAAAAGUCCUCUAUGCUUUCAUAUUGGCCCCCAUCGCCGCCAUCCUGCUUAUCUGCCUGGGGGUCGGAGCUCUCUUCGCCUUGAACAGGAAAAGGAACAGCGAUCGGCUUGGAAACGGUGUGCUGUAUGCGUCCGUCAACCCUGAAUACUUCAGUGCGGCUGAAAUGUAUGUGCCGGACGAGUGGGAGGUGGCGCGGGAGAAGAUCGUCCUCAACCGCGAGCUCGGCCAAGGUUCCUUCGGCAUGGUCUACGAGGGCCUGGCCAAAGGUGUGGUCAAAGAUGAACCGGAGACCCAUGUGGCCAUUAAGACAGUCAACGAGUCAGCGAGCAUGAGGGAGCGCAUCGAGUUCCUCAACGAGGCCUCCGUCAUGAAGGAGUUCAACUGUCACCAUGUGGUUCGCCUUUUGGGGGUGGUGUCCCAGGGCCAGCCCACUCUUGUCAUCAUGGAGCUGAUGACCCGAGGAGACCUCAAGAGCUACUUGCGUUCCCUCCGACCUAAAGAGCAACAGUGGUCCAGUCUGUCCUUGCCGCCCCUGAAGAAAAUGCUCCAGAUGGCGGGCCAGAUUGCAGACGGCAUGGCGUACCUCAACGCCAACAAGUUUGUGCACAGAGAUCUGGCGGCCCGCAACUGCAUGGUGGCCGAGGACUUCACCGUCAAGAUAGGAGACUUCGGCAUGACCCGAGACAUCUACGAGACCGAUUACUACCGCAAAGGUGGGAAGGGUUUGCUACCCGUCCGAUGGAUGUCACCCGAGUCUCUGAAGGACGGCGUGUUCACCACAAACUCCGACGUCUGGUCGUUCGGGGUGGUGUUGUGGGAGAUAUCCACGCUGGCUGAGCAGCCCUACCAGGGGCUGUCCAACGAGCAGGUGCUCCGUUUCGUCAUGGAAGGAGGCCUGCUGGAGAAGCCGCAGAACUGUCCUGAUAUGCUGUUCGAGCUGAUGCGGAUGUGCUGGCAGUACAACCCCAAGAUGCGGCCGUCCUUCGUGGAGAUCAUAAGCAGCAUCAAGGACGAGCUGGAGCCCUCUUUCGCCGAGGUCAGUUUCUUCUUCAGCGCCGACAACAAGCCGGCCGAGGCCCCGCCGCCGCACUUGGAGGAGGUCCCCUUGGACACGCCCUCUUCCGCACAACCGCAGCAGGCGCCGGGCACGCCGCCCUCCCCGACCUCGCAGCCUCAACCCGGGCCCUCGCUAGCCCCCGGCUCGCCCUCUUCCACGCCCUGCACGUCGGCAGGCGUCACGGACAAGGAGCCCUCCGGACACCAGUCGGCCAAUGGCCUCUCGGCGGUGGCGGCGGGGGCGGGGGCGGGGCCACCCAACGGGGCGGGCUCUGUAAUCACCAUGCAACAAUCUCUGGACGAACUGCCGGCGUACGCUCACAUGAACGGGGGGCGUAAAAACGAGCGCACCAUGCCCCUUCCUCAGUCAUCCGCCUGCUGAUUGGACAUCACCGGACUGCAAAAGGGUAUUAUUUUUUUCCUUUUUUUUUAUUUAAACAUGGGUAAAGCUUCCUGGAGAGGAGCAAAGACUCAUGGGAAGGAAAAACCAGUCAAGUGGUCCAUGUUUUUUCUGCUGUAACUUCCACACAUUUUCAUUUCCACCAGCCGCUGUCAAGAUGCAACACUGCCCCCUGCUGCUGAGUCGUAAACCAGGGACGUCGCCUGCAAAGCUUCGUUACUUCUUUUUUUUCAACUAUAAAAAAAAAAAAAGAAUGAAGCAUUUAUAAAAGACCAUUUCGGGCGGGCAUCACGUCGCAAACGGAAAAGAAGCACUUAAAGAAGUCCGCCAAGCAGAGGGAAGUUUUUCGUUUUUGGAAUAUUCUCUCGCUCUGCUCUACAUUUUUUUUUUUUUUUCCCCAGCUACUUUCUACAUAAAACAAAAAAAAAAGGUCAAAAAUCAACUUUAUCUGAGCCGCAACUCGUCACAAAGUGCUGUUUUUUUUUUUCGUGGUUUCACCGCCAAUUCAAGCAGGAAGAGAAGAAAAAAAAGAACUGAAGAGGGCCGACCGAGCGAGCAGCCGGGCGUCAUUGUUGUAAUUAUUGUUAUUAUUUUUUACAUCAUACAUUGACAACAUCUCCGCAAGCAAGCAAGAGCAUUUACGCCAAUUGUUUGUCACCUUUUCUACCUUUUUAUACGGUCGGAGAUCUUGUACAGAAGAAGAAAAAAGCUGCUAUUCCUUAUUAUUUCUCUCGUGGUUGUAAUAUAGAGGAUUUAUCUAUACAAAUAUAUAUAAAUAUAUAUAUAAAUAUGAAGAGACCUUCAGGUUGGAUCUAAGAGUGUUUUCACUGCGGUUUCCUAUUAUUUUUUGUUAUUAUUUUUGACGACCAUAAUUGUUGACUGAGCUGGUUUCAAAGAGGUACGUACGGCCUGCCGGUUGUUUAUAAAUCCGAUAACUCCCCAUAACACCAUAUAGUAACGUCAGAUGCCCCCCCGCCCCCCCCUAAUUAAAUCUCAGGUCAAAAGCGGGAAAGUUGCAUGGUUAUUUAUUAUUAAAUUUGUAUUUAGUUAUGCGCAACUUGUCGUCGAAAAUUAUUCAUGUUAAAUAUAUCUUUGUUUGCAAUUUGUUGAUAAGAAUACCUAGCUUUAAUUCACCCGGUCCUUCAAUCAAAAGGUACGCCAUUUAUUCGUGAAUCGUCCUCAAAAACGAUCACCGCGAUACAUUUUUCAGACGGUACCGUCGUUUAGCUGCUACUUUGGGGCAAAAAAAGUAUUUAGUCAGCCACCGAUUGUGCAAGUUC